GCGUCCCUGUAUAAUGGCUGAGAUGGGAGUAAUUAAAUGGAAAGGUGAUAAGAACAAACCCUCCCGGAGGGCUCUUUUAACUGAACAUCACAACAAAUUAAAAACAAAAUUGCCCAGCGUCGCUGCACGGUGCACGCAGUUGGAUCAGCGAUCUGGACCCAGAACGACAAAUUGAAAUCAGCUCCACAGAGGCUCGGAGGGCAGAAACAGGCCGGGGCUGCAGAAUUCGGAAACAGCAGGUUGCCAAGAUUUCCAGCAUCUGCAGUUCCUUCGGGUUUUGUUUUAAGUAAAUGGUGUACUUUGUUUUAAGGCACCAGCAACGCCCUUUAGGAUGACAAUUAGAGAUCCAGGCUUUGGAUGCCACCAUGUCAUGUUUCUGUCAGCUCCUGACUUCACUGCUGCUGUGUGAAUCACUUAUAACAGUUUCUGCUUCUAAGUACAGGAUUUGUGAGCCGUAUCUGGAUGCUGCACAAAGGUACCACUCUGGAUUCCACUGUCCGCGGCUUAAUGAAGAUCAGAAACAAACCCACUGCUGUCGUCAGAGCAACCAGACCUUGAAAUAUUGCUGCAAUGAAGCUGAAUUUCAGAGCACAAUGAGAAUGAACAAAUCUGCACAGACCAGGAGCUCUGUUAAUUACGGAUCAAUGGCUGUGGUCUCUGUGUACGGUCUCUGUGUUGUGGCCCUGUUGUUGACAGACCUGCUUCAUUACUACAUGCUAAACAGGCACAAUCUCUGGUGGUACCAGCCUCCCCACUGUCUCUGUCGAUGCUGCAAUGGUGACCACAAAAAAAACAAGCUCAGAUACAAGCUGGAAGUGAGUGCUAUCUUCGCUGGUCAUCACCGGGCCAAUGGUCAUUGCUGAGUAAAUGGUCAUCGCCAGAUAAUUGUCAUCAAUGAAUCAAUGGUCAUGUUGCAUCAUGUUCAUCACUGAAUCAAUGGUCAAUGCUGAGUGAAUGGUCUUCAGGCAGCUUAGUUCUACUGACAUUAAAGAUCUUUUCAUUGAUGACAUGACUGGGCAGUGGCGGAAAUGCCAGCAUUGAGCUGAUCUUUAAGGGGAGGCUGGGUUCACAGCUAAAUAUUGAACCAUGGCUCCGUUUAUGCCUUCAGGUCACUUGCACUGUUUGAAGGACAGUGAGAGAAUUCUCCAUGGUGACUUGGUCAAUAUUUAUAGCUGAACAUUAAAAGGAUUGCCUUGUCAUUAUUACGUUGCUGAUAAUGGGAAAUUGCUGUGCACAAAUUGGUUGCUACAUUUCUGACAUUACAGUGGUGACUACACUUGAAAAGUAGUCCAUUGUCAGUGAAGUGCUCCAAGGUAUCUGAGAGUCAUGAAAAUGUAUAUAAAUGUAAAUUUCUAUUUCUUUUCAUGGGCUAGCUCAGGUGACCAGUUCUAACGAAUAUAAUAAAAUCAGACCAUGCGUACCUGUAACCAAGCUCACUGUGCUAUGACUUGGUUCAGACCACAUACAUUAAAUAGACUUAUUUCAGAUGGCAACAUUCUGGGAUUGAUCACAAAAAUAAUUUGACACCACCUGUGGUAAAUCAACAUCUUAGAGAGGAGCAGGUGACUUUGGAAUGAAAGCAAACUAUUGCAUAUGCUGGAAAUCUGAAAUAAAAACAUAAGUGUGCUGGAAGAUGUUCAGCAAGUCUUGAAGCAUCUGUGGUGAGAGAAAUAAAGUUGACAUUUGGAGUUUGAAAUGAUCCUUCAGAACAUCCUUCAGUUCUGAAGAAGCCACAUUUGACCUGAGAUGUAAUUGUCAUUUUUCUCUCUCCACAGAUGUUGUCAGAUCUGCUGAGUUUCUCCAGCAAUUUCAGUUUUUAGGUAACUUUGAACCCCUAGUUCUCAGAGUUCUCCACGACUGGGGAUUUUCCCAUUGGAUGGAGUGUAAUCACAGUGAUGGAUGUAAAUAUACUGGAAUCGACUACUAGACUAACACCUGGAAUAGGAAGGUUGUCUUAUGAAGAAAGGUUGAACAGACUAAGCUUGUAUUCACUGGAGUUUAGAAGGAUGAAAGGUAAUUUGAAGGUUCUUGACAGGAUGGAAUGGAGAGGAUGUUUCCUUCUGGGGAAUCCAGAUUGAGGGGACGCUUUAAUUUGAGAUUACCUAUUCAAAACAAAGAUAAGGAAAUUUAUUUUUUUUGGAACGCUUUUCCUGAAAAUGCAAUGGAAGCAGAGACUUUAAGUAUUUUAAAGGCAGAGAAAGAUACCUUCUUGAUAAGCAAGGAGGUGAAAGGUUAUGAUAUAUUAGAGUCAGAAGUCACAUGACAUCAGGAUAUGGUCCAACAGGUUUAUUUGAAACCACAAGCUUUCGAACCGCUGCUUCUUUUGUCAGGUGAAGUGACUUCACUUAAUUCUGAAAGCUCGUGAUUUCAAAUGAACCUGUUGGACUAUAACCCGGUGUCGUGUCAUUUCUGACUCUCUGCCUCAGUCCAACAAGGCACUUCCAUAUCUUGGAUAUACUUUAGGAUUAGGAAUAACAGUUUCAAAAUGCUGAGUAGAUUUAUGGUGGAGAUAGAUGAGUAAUGCUUUGGAGGGUUAUGAAGAGUGGGCAGGAAAGUGGAUUUGAGCCUGAAAGGAGAUUGGCCACAAUUGUAUUAAAUAGUGGAGCAAGCUCGAGGGGCUGAAUGGCCCACUCCUACUCCUAGUUCUAAUGUUCGGAGGGUGACAGGCAGGAAUGUGGAAUAAUCAGAUCAGGCAUGAUCUUAAUUGAAUUUGGAGAACAGGUGUGAAGGGCUGAGUGGCCUACUCCUACUCCAAUUCAGAUGUUUGUAUCAUUAGCCAAUAAUUUAGUGUUGUGGUAUUAUAUCUAUCAGAAUGGUAGAGAAGGAAACUGAAUGGACUCUGGUCUUUCGCAUUUCCUAAUUCCUGUGUUCCCACGUUGACUGUUUGCUCUGCCUCGGAGUUUGCAGCUGUUACAGAGGGACUGCAAUUCCAGUCUCCCAGGUUACAUGUGGAGCACUGGCUGUUGGCUAUAGACUGGGGCUGUGUGGAUACACUGUGCAGGAGUAAUUUUUCCUGGUGAUGCUGAUCAGAAAAUUACCCCUUUUAAUAUCUUUGUGAUAUCCAAUGAAACCAACUAAUUAUGCACAUUCUUUCCAUUUACUCCCUUCUGGCUAGGAAGGUUCUGUGCAAUUAUUCUUUACUGGGGCUGGCAUAAGUACAUUAUCCUCAUUACCAUUCUUUACAUGGGAGGGUCAGAUGCUUUGCUAACCUUGUGCCUCUCUUCUCAUUGGCCAUGUACUUUCCAAUAGGAAUCAUUAGAUGUUGUGCAGAAGCACAAGGUCAUGGCUGACUUUGCCCCUCAGCAGGCUGUGGACACUAAAAACACCUUCCUUUUCUUUAAUUGGCCCUGCCUAAAAGUCAGUCUGAGGGUGUAGGUGUUGCUGGCUGGGCCAGCUCUUAUUGCCCUUGAGAAGGUGGUGGUCAGGUGACAUCUUGGACUGCUGCAGUCCAUGUGCUGUGGAUUAACCCACAAUGCCCUUCGGGAGGGAAUACCAGGAUUUUAGACCCAGUGACAGUGAUGGGAUAGCAAUUUGUUUCCAAGCUGAGUAGCAUGAAGGGGAUCUUGCAGAGGGUAGUCUUCCUGUGUAUCUGCUGCCCUUGUCUUUCUAGACACAGUUUUGCACAUUGCUGUCUGAGGAGCCUGUUGAGUGGCUCUUGUUGUCCUUUAAGCUCUAGGCAAACCCAGAACCAGGUACCCCAAGCUCAACAGCACAACUGAAGCAUGACACCUCUAACAGGGUAGUUCUCCCUCAGUGCUACUUCUAUUACAUCCGGAGAGUGGAGCUCAAACUCGCUUUCAUAAACCGAUCAACCAAAGGGGCAAGAGUGUCACAGACUGAGCCAAACAAACAUGAACUCUUUGAAUAUACACUCUGUAAAUCUGAUGAUUAUGAAAGCUG